UCUACAGUGUUGUGAUUAUUUGUGAAUGCUGACAUGUCUAACAGAUGUGUUGUCCUCUGUGUUUUACUGUCAGGAGUUUGCUUCAUUUCGUGGAAACACUCGAUAAUCGGUGUUAACGAUGCUCUGAAAUUGGCUGGACGCGGAUUCAUAUUUCUAGGCAUCUGUACAUGGCUGAUUUCCAUAUUCCCGAGGCUGAAAUUUUUCUUCUUUCCAGUGACUCAAGAGCUCACAGACAGCCCAACACCUGAAUCCAGCAGACUGAAAGAAGAGCAAGUUAGAAGAACUCAGCAAGAUCUACAAAAUGACAAGAUGUCGGACUAUGCUGAAAAGGUGCUAAAGCCAAGACAGGACUCAUUACUCCAGCAGAAAACAGAACGAUACUAUCGUAUGACAGGAGAAACAUGGAAACUAAGCCCGGGGCUUCCUGUCGGGGGUGAUGAGGAUAAGAUAUGUCAUGCGGUGGAUGUAGACGAGUCUCCUAAUCAGGGAGCCAGAAGGAGACGAAAGCCGAUGCAGACUGUUACUCAAGAUCCUGUCCAAGAGGAAGUGCCCAAGCAGAAGAGGGUCAUAGUUUUGCCUGACGAGCCAUCAGUGGACACUGAAGGGGCAGUAAAAAUAGCCCUAAGAUGUCCGGGCAGAAGAGCAAUCCACAGGAGAUUCCUCAAAACCUGGAGCUCUCAGCUCCUGCUGGAGUGGAUGAUGAAGACAGGAUACCCUCCAGCCCUCUACACGCUGUACAUGUCAUACCCCAGGACGGAAGUGCAGACGGCUGCAGACAUGAGCCUGGAGGAGGCUGGCAUCCACACAGACACACUGCUGAAUGUGGAGGAGAAGGAGCCACUCCAUGACUAACCACACUACUGCUCGCUUUCAUGGAGCAGCGGACAUCAAUAUAAGGGCUUUAAUAUUUUAUACGAGCCCUCAGGACUCUCUCUACAGGUGCCAAAUUUACAGCUUUGGGGGGAAAUGAAGAGACCACUUGAAAAUCCCUUUUUUUGCCGGAUUUAUUUGGUAAAGUGAGUCAAUUAGUUUUAUUAUAUAUAAAUGCUAUAAGUGACAUUUUUAUUAAUAAUUUGGAAGAAAUAUCAUCAGUAGUUUAAUAAAACAAAAAAGUUGGAUUUGCUGGAUUGUUAGGUAAAAUCAGUCUAGUGUUUUAAGUAAAUGCUAUAAAGGACUUUUAAUUAUUAAUUUGGAAUAAAUAUCAGUUUACUGUAAA